AUGAUAAUCUUCUAUCUAGUGCUGUGUUUACUACCUGUGAUAUGGGCGGAAGAGUUUAUAGACCCACCCCUUCGUGUAGACCUCUCAUCACCAGGCGACGUUAACUUCCUCACCACAUCUAAUGUCCUAACAAGCUGGAUCACGAUGCCUAUUGAUCAUUUUGAUCCUCAGAACAAAAAUACUUAUCAAAUGCGUUUCAUGUACAACGAUGAGUUUUUCGGUGGCGAUGGUAAUCCCCUAUUUAUUCUUGUUGGCGGAGAAUGGGAUAUUGUAGAGGGCUGGCUUCGUGCUGGGAAUAUGUAUGAGGCAGCGCGAGAAAAUAAGGGAUAUAUGUUCUAUACUGAACAUAGAUAUUAUGGAGAAUCGAAGCCUUAUCAAAACCUUACAACGGAAAAUCUACGUUUCCUAAAUGUAGACCAAGCUUUAGCAGAUUUGGCUUACUUUAUUCAGGAAAUGAAAACUCACCCUCGCUUUGCUGAUAGUAAAGUGAUUUUAUAUGGUGGCUCGUACGCUGCUAACAUGGUCAUUUGGUUCAAACAGAGAUACCCUCAUUUGGUAGUCGGUGGUGUUGGAUCCAGUGGGCCUAUUUUAGCCAAGGUGGAUUUUACAGGAUAUUUGGAGGAGGGACAACGGAAUUUGGAACGAGUUUUCAGACUGUGUGCACCUCUGAACUACACAAACGAAUUUGAAUUGGGAUAUUUCUCCGGUCUGUUAAGCUGGACAUUUUCAACAUCUGUACAACAAGCGCGACCUGGCACACUUCGAGUGAUCUGCAAUAAUUUCGCUACGGACACAUACGGUACAACCCCAAUGGAAAAAAUUGCUGGCUAUGUUAUUGCUAUUCGUAAUCCAAGCAAUUGCUUUAACAUUAAUUAUGAAGCAUACGUAGAGAACUACAGAGUCCGUAAUGAUAAUUCGCGUGCAUGGUAUUACCAGACGUGCACGGAAUACGGGUAUUACCAGACAGCGCCACGUAUUGGAACCGUAUUUGACCAAUUGCGAUGGCUUACUGUGAACUUCUACGUUAAUCUCUGUGAGCGAUCAUAUGAUCCGAGAUUCAACGAAGAUUUCGUAUACGCAGCGGCGGAUCGGGUAAACCGUGUUUUUGGUGGUCUCAACCCAAAUGUCAAUAACACAAUAAACAUACACGGUGUUAUCGACCCCUGGCAUGACCUUGGAGUGUAUGACCGAGAUUUGUCCGAAACUUCACCAACAUAUGCAGUACCGAGAGCAUCCCACUGCUUCGAUAUGCAAAGUUGGCUCGUCACGGACACCAUCCGUAUGACAAACGCCCAGCAGGCCGCUAGAAGACUAAUUGCAAAGUGGUUGGCGUAA